UGGAGCCCCGAAACAUGAAUGUUAAAUUGUGAACGCUUGAUAGACAGACCGUCUUUGAUAAUGACUGUAAUGUGUGGGUUGCCAACCGCCAAUAAACACCAAAGAAGAAGAAGAAGAAGACUGUAAUGUGUAAAUGCUGCCAUUAGGCCGAGUUAUUUAGGUUACACAUGGAAGAUCGGGACGCUUGGCGUUGGAAGUAAACUCGGACAUAGUGUUGGGAAACAGCUUGAACCAGAAGAAAGGGGUCUUUUUUUCCGUUAUCGGCUAUUAAAAUGGAGGGUUAUGAAGGAGCCAGCAGCAGCGAGAGUGUUUUAGAUCUGUCCCGUUUGAAUCUGAACAAUAAUAGUUUGGACACGGUCAGCGAGAAACGACGGAAAGACACGAAGCAAUUGUACCUGUGUUACAACCGAUUGACGGUUUUACCCGAGUCCAUCUCUUUAUUCUCGAACCUGGAGUUUCUCGACAUCAGUAACAACACGCUGUCGGUCAUCUGCGAAGACAUUACCCGACUGACCAAACUCAAAACCCUCAUAGCCAAGAACAAUCGUUUAAAUGACUUUUCUCUGCCCAAGCACUUUGGCUCUCUGCAGCUGGAAGUGCUGAAUUUUAGUGGGAACAGGUUUGAGGAGAUGCCGAGCCAGUGUCUGCAGCUGCUGCGACUACAGUCACUGUCUCUGGGAGGAAACAGACUGAAGAGCAUCCCAGCAGAGAUUGAGAGUCUCACCAGCUUAGAGCUGUUGUAUCUGGGCGGUAACCAGAUCUCCUCCAUCCCUGCUGAACUAGCUAACUUACCCUGCCUCAGUUACCUAGUUCUGUGUGAUAAUCGCAUCCAGAGCGUCCCACCUCAACUCAACAGGUAAGUCUGAGAUGUCACGCAAAUACU